AUGCGUGCUUUAACCAUAUACACAAAGGAAUUCAUGUUAAAAAUUAAGGAUGUUAUUGUGAAAAACCAUACUGCCAUGUUUGAAGUGCCAGUUGCUAAUCAAGCGCACAAAUACUGCAAACGAGGAAAACGCAUUCGUGCCGGUUGGCAAACUGUCCUUGGUCGUACCACUCCCAGCAAGAUGACCGUACCUACCAUUGAAUCAUGGCUCAAUGAGGAUGUGGACGAUUCCGUGGUCCAACUGGAUAAUUUCGUCUGUUUCAGACAGGACAGAUAA